AUGUCAACUAAAUUUGACACACAGCUGCUUCUUUCCCGGCCGUACUUGACUAAGAGAGAACUCACAAGGCUUCAAAGAGACUCCAUAACCGAUCGACGUACUUAUAACCAGAAGAAAUUAGCUGUUAUUAAGUUUAUGAGUGAAAUAUGUUUACAAUUGAAUUUUCCACGUAGAACGUUAGAAACCGCCAUAUAUUUUUACCAGAGAUAUCACGUCUUCAACAGAUUUGAGACUGAAUUAUGCUAUACAGUGGCUACUAGCAGUCUUCUAUUAAGUUGUAAGCAAGUGGAAACUAUUAAGAAAGUAAAUGAACUCUGCAGUGUUUCGUUGAGGUUAAGAAAUGUGCCUAAACCAAGUUCUGAAAUGUUAGAUAAUUUUAAGAAAGGUGUAUUCCAAAUUGAACUUCGAAUAUUAGAAUCUUGUUCAUUUGACUACAGAACAAACAAUUUUCUUCACAUUGAUGAAUGCGUAGUUAAGUUUGGCAAAACUUUUAAUUUAGACUAUCAGGUGUGUCUACUGGCAUGGGUCAUAGGAUAUGAUGUUUUAAAAUUGGACACUCUUUUAACGAUUCCCCAACAUACGAUUGCAUUAGCUGUAUUGAAGAUUGCCUAUCAAAUUUUAACACCUGGAUCAGAUUGGUUUCAAUUGGUAGCCAGACGUAAUUUGGAAACAGAUAAAUACUCGUUGAACGAGGCCUAUUUCGACAUUUUAAAUUUCUACAUCAAUUCAUUUGAUAUAUGUGAUCUCAAAAAUAAUAUACCCCCAGGUAUAAGUUAUUUUGGAUUGGAAAAGUUUAUUGAAUUAAAGAAAAAUGCAGGCCCUGAAUUUGGUCUUCACGAUUUUAAUGAAAAAGAUAUUGAAAUGGAUCCAUAUUUCACUUCACAUCGUGAUUAUUCAGUACGAGAAAGAAGAUAUGUGCUUUCACCUAAACUAGUUCAAGAUGAAAUCAAAACUAAUUCAUCUAAUACCGUUGGUGGUAGAGUAUGA